AUGGCCUCGCACACAAAGACAUCAUCUCCUCAUUUACGUCAGUCAUCUGCCAGGCAUGUUACAUCAGUUUCUGGACAGGAAGUUGGCAGUACACAGAAAGUGACUCCACAGUCUACAGUGUGCCCAGCAGAAAAGUGCCAAAGUCGUGGCCUAAAACGCAAGGUUGAAGAGGUUGAGAACAGAAAUGCCAUGCCAGUUAUUGAGGAACAUUCACGAGAUAUUGAAGACAAAGUCUGUGGUGUUGCAGUCAGAGCCAAGAGGCGUCGUUACAGCAGUGAUAGUGAUGAUCUUGAGGUUCUUCAGUCUGCGACCUGUACCUACGAAGUCCUGGAGUUCCUUGGCUGUGGGACAUUUGGACAAGUGGUUAAGUGCCGGAAGCAAGGGACCACAGAAGAGAGAGCUGUAAAGAUCCUGAAAAACGAUCCACACCUUGCCGGGCAGCUGCUGAAUGAAAUUCAUAACUUGGCCCUACUAACAUCAUCAGGUGCCUACGAGUACAACUGCGUUCGUGCAUAUGAAGGCUUUCAGUAUGAGAACAACACCUGCCUGGUAUUCGAGACAUUGCAUCAGGAUCUUCAUACCUUUUUAAAACAGCAAAUGCUCAGGCCCCUACCCUUCAAUCAUAUUCGAAUCAUCCUUCAUCAAGUAGCAACAGCCCUGAUGAAACUCAAGAGUCUUGGUUUGAUUCAUGCAGACCUCAAACCUGAAAACAUCAUGAUAGCAGAUCCAGUAAAGCAGCCAUAUAAAGUCAAAAUCAUUGAUUUUGGUUUAUCACACCAUUACUCCAUGGCAAAAUAUCCAGCCUAUAUACAGACCAGGUGUUACAGAGCUCCAGAAGUGAUGCUCGGGCUGCCUUACUGGGAGGCUGUAGAUAUGUGGUCUCUUGGCUGUAUUGCCGCUGAAAUAUUUAUGGGCUGUCAGUUAUAUCCUGGUACUUCAGAGUAUGAGCAGUUGCUAUUCAUUACACAAACUCAAGGUAUGCCAGAGGAGUGCAUGUUGAAUGCAGGAGUGAAGACAGAAUGCUUUUUCAGAAGGAUUUCAGACUGCGGACAUCCUAGUUGGAGGCUAAAGACCCCAGAUGAAUACGCUGCAGAGACUGGAAUGAAGCCAAUGGAUAGAAGAAUAUAUGCUUUUGAUUGUUUGGAUCAUAUGGCAGCGCUGAAUUUACCUUUGAUGCAAGAGGAAGCUGACAUGGUGGCCGAAAUUACAAAUCGUUUUGCAUUUGUCGAUUUUGUUAAGAUGUUGUUGACUGUAGACCCACACAGGAGACUUGGACCUGUUGAAGCCUUGUACCACCCUUUUCUAACAAUGGUGGAUCAGGCUGAUUUUCUGCACACCACACAAACUGCUUCAACUCACCAAGUCUGUUCUAAUCACCAAGCUGCAAGGACUGAAGUUAACGCAUCUUCACCGUGUACAGUUCCAGCGCAUCUUACAUCACUGCCCUGCAGCCAGGGUGAGCCGGCAUCUGCCACCCUCCCUACAGAAGAGCACCAUCAGGAAUAUAUCAAACAGGAAGAACUGAGCCUGACAGGCAGUGCGUUUGUCAACACUGGCAGUGACUUGGAGGAGGAGGAGAAUGUGUUUUUGGGCAGUGUUCCUCCUCAGGUAGUCUGUUCCCUGGGGUCUUCAGCUUCCCUAGAGCAAUUCAAGAGGGUUAAAGCAAACAUGCCUCCACUGUUCACAACUGCACAAAGUCCUAAGUCCAUGUCGUGCAGCUCAGCCGAUCCAUCCUGCAAUGCUGUACUUACCAGUCAAGAACAACAACCUCAAACUGUCAGCCCAUCUGACAGUAUCAUCACUGUCACCAUCGGCACACCUGAAAAAGAGGAGAAGAAUGUGAUCACCUGGGUCCUUCGCAUUAUGGCAUACCGCAGAUUUAUUUUCUGGAUCUGGAAGGAGCUUGGCGGCAGAUUCAAUCAUGUUGUUCCUGCAUGUGUAGUGCGUUCAAUUGAGGAAAAAUUUCCAACUGAAACUUUGAAUUGA